UUAUUUUAUUUAGUUAUUAUAUUAAUAUAUACGCGUACAUCAAUAUUUAUUACUUACAUAUUACGUAAUAAUUUUGUUUUAAUAAAAUAAAAUUAUAUGUAAUCAUUGUAAAACCUCUUGAAUGAUAAAUUGGCUUUGUGUGCGCAUGUGUGUAUGUAAAUUUAAAUGGAGAAAUUGGAGAACGUAAAAUAUAUUUUUCUAUCUAAGAGAUUUCAAAAUUUCAUGAUUGAAUGUACCGUACCGAUUUUAAUUGCAUCGGAGAUUGUCAAAAGCUUGCCUCAGUAUUAUAUAAUAAAAUUAUCAUUUUUAAAUAAUUUUUAUUAUGAUUUUAGUUUCUGACAUAUUUUAACGUGAAUUUGAAGCUAAAUUCCAAAUAAAGCUUAAUAGCGCGACAUUUGCGCAGUAAAAUUUGUGUCACGGUACAUUUUAAAAAAUGUAUUAUAAGUACUUGGCGUUACGCCGCUCUAUCGUGUCACUUGAUAGGAUUAAUAAUUUUUAAAUUUUAAACCAAUGUUUACGAUGCAGUUUCACAAAACAGAUCCAUAAAUGUCAUUUAUUAAUCUGUUAUAUUCUUAUCGAUACACAUUUUAUAUCAACAAGUGAUAUAAAAUAGAUAAGAUAUAAAGAUAAAAAAUAUGAGCUAAAAAAGUAACAAAAUUAUUUAACGCUGUUUUAUAAGCUGUAUUUAAAAUUUCACAUCAGGAUGAUAGAAUGGAAGUAUUAGAAAUUUGUUAAUAAAACACUAUGUUCAUAAAACAUAUUAUUAUUUAAUUAGUAAUAUAGUUUCCAUUAUUGCUUAUAACCUAUUCCUAUCUGUCAACAAGUUUACAAAUUCCGUCCCAAUAAAACCGCUUGUAGAUUUAGAUGUAAAAAAAUUACCAACAGUACGUUAACAUAACUUAACAAUAUUGUUAAACUUUUUUGAAUUUAGAAUAUAAUCAUAUAAAUGUUUUUAUCCAGCAUCUUUAUUUUUUUCUACGAAUUUAUAUAUACAUAGUUUAAUUAUACAUUAUAUAUAUUUAUACUAUAUAUAUAUGCGAACACAACAUACACAAUAAAUAGUUACAUGCUUAAAUAUUACUACAUUAACAUUGUAAUGUAUUAUAUAAAUUUGGCCAGUAAAGUUUGGUUAUUUAGUGAUUUGACUCGAACAAAGUAUUAAUGCUGGUUGAUAUUACACAACAUCAGCUUAUGAAAACUUUGCGUCAGAAAGAUACUGGUAUAUUAAUAGACAGGAGUGCCGCGUAUCCGGACAGUUGUCUGUGACGAUUCGUGUCGGCAGUAUCACUAGUGCUUUUAGUUGAUUACUUAUCAAGAAACGUUUACAAAGAAAUUAAAGAAAAACAUUUACAUAUAUACAAUCUUUUGCCAUGGAAUACUGGCUUAUAUUGUUAUCAAUAGUAAUCGGUGCAUUCAGCAUUUAUUAUCUCUUAAAAAAUUUCAAUUUCUUCAAAAGACAUGGUGUUAUACACGUACCGCCUCUUCCGAUGUUUGGAAUCGUGAUAUCGGCUAUAUUUCGUCGAAUACCAUUCGCCGAUUUCUUGAUAAAGAUAUACAAUUUUUAUCCAGACGCAAAGUAUUUUGGAAUCUAUCUCAUUAAUAAUCCAACCUUUCUGGUUCGGGAUCCAGAACUCAUCAAGUCCAUCCUUGUGAAGGAUUUCGAGGCAUUUCAAAAUCGUCGUGGCUUCUCUGACUUAAGUGAUCCUCUAUUUGCAAAAAAUUUAUUUUCUCUUCGCGGAGAAGAGUGGCGAAAUGUGAGAACUCUAUUGAGUCCGUCCUUUACGUCCAGCAAGAUGAAAAUGAUGUUCACGUUGAUGUCGGAAUGUGCCGAGGAAUUUACUAAAUUUCUAUUGACGUUGCCGGAGGAUAAAUGUGAAAUAGACAUAAAAGAUGCCUUCUCUAAAUAUAUGAAUGACGUUAUCGCCACAUGUGCCUUUGGAAUCAAAACUAAUUCCAUGAAAGAUCCGACAAACAAGUUCUACGUUUACGGCAAGGAAUCGUCUAAUUUUUUAAGAGGUCGCUCCUUAAAGUUUAUUUUUCUUACAUCUUUUCCGAGUCUCGGGCGAAUUUUCAAUAUAAAGCUGGUGGACGAUAAAAUAAUGAAUUUCUUUAAAGACAUUGUAAAGACUACGAUUGCAACACGUGACGCGGAGCAUAUUACACGUCCGGAUAUGCUGCAGUUAAUGAUGGAUAUCAGAGGCAAGGAAGGUCAUAGAGAACUGGAUAUUGACGAAAUGACUGCGCAAGCGUUCCUCUUUUUUUUCGGUGGCUUUGAUACUAGCUCGAUUGUAAUGUCCUUCGCAGCUCACGAGAUCGCAGUUAACCCCAAAGUUCAGACCAAAUUGCACCAAGAGAUUGACAAGGUUUUGGAAGAGUCAAAUGGCGAAUUGUCUUACGAAUCCAUUAAUCGGCUUGAAUAUUUAGAUGCAGUAAUAAGCGAGGCUCUCAGAUUAUAUCCGGCAGCUUAUUUCUUAGACAGACAAUGUAACAAAGAUUAUGAAUUACCAUCUGCAUUGCUAGGCGAGAAACCAUUUGUUAUAAAGAAGGGUACCAAUUUUUGGAUUCCAGUUAUCGCGAUACAUCGUGAUAAAAAAUACUACAAUGAUCCGGAGAAAUUUUGUCCAGAUAGAUUUUUAAACAACAGGAAGAAUCAAAAUUCCUCAUUACAUGCUUCCCCAUAUUACAUGCCGUUCGGAUUAGGACCAAGAAUGUGUAUAGCUAACAGGUUUGCCUUAUUGGUACUUAAAGUUCUGCUGUUUUACUUAUUAGCGCGAUGUGAGCUGAAACCUUGCGCGAAAACAACAUUCCCAAUGAAAUUUGCCAAAAGUCUGGCAUUGAUGCCGGAAAAUGGAUUCUGGUUGAACAUUCAGCGUAGGAAAGAUAUGCAUCCUGUGUUGAAUUCUGCAGUAAUGAAUGGCUAAAUUGUAGAAAACAUUUUAGAUUGUAAUUACAAAACAUUAGAUUUGUACUAAAAAUCAAUUUUCUAAAUAAAAUUAAUAAAGUUUUUAUAAGUGUAAAUACAAUAUUAUAGUAUUAUGUUUUUUCUAAUAAAAAAGUCAAGUAAUAAAAGUAUUAUGGGUGUUGUAUAUGUUAAUAGUUAAUUUUUGUUAGAAAUGUUAAAUUAUUAUUUAACAAAAGUAAAAUUGAAAUUUAUUAUUCCUACUUAUAAAAUUCAAUCUAUUCUCUCUGUGCAACUUUCUUAUAUUUUAUUAAUAUAUAGAUUUUUAUUGGAACAAAGAAAGGAACGAUGAAAUAAACGUAUGUAGUCUAUAUGUAUAUUGUUGAAUAAUAACUUAAUUAUUUAUACAAAAAGUUUACAUUACACGACCUUAAAUAACAAUUCUUUUUAAUUUUUAGUUUUUAUAAGUUUCAUAUAAAUUUAAUCUUUAUCCGUAUUUAAUAUAUAGUUAUUAAUAUCUUUUUUUUAUUUUUAAUUUUAUGCAACUAUUAAUUGUUAUAUUAUAAUUUUUUUUAUGUUUUUAUAACUCAAUAGCAUUUUGUAUAAUUACCUUAAUGUCACGUUGUAAUAGAGUAUAGUUUCUAUUAUAUAGUAUGAUUUAUUACAUAGUAUAAUUUCUGUGUAUAAUAUUAUUUUAAAAAACGACUUUUUAUUUUCUUAUUGAUAAAAAAGCAAUUUUGCUAUUGAAAAAUGAUUUUAAACAGUCUUUUAUCAUUUAGAAAUAAUUUGAUGAUAACGUUAAGUGAUAGUUAAAAAGUAAAUUUAUAUACAACGUAUUAAAAAGAAAAGCAUUCAUAAUUUAUAUGGUAGAUAAUACAUAUCGUACUCAGUAAAAAAACUUUAAUAAAUAUAGCUUAAGCUUAAAAUUAUUUGUAAGAUAUAAAUAAUUUUAUAUGUUAAUAUCACGACUGACUUAUUGGCUUUUACAUGUUGCAUUCGUCAACUAUAAUAUAAAUAGUGUAAUUAAAGUAUUCUUCAGACAAGAGGAGUACUGCCUUCUAAUACAUUGGUUACGUUUUUAUUUACAUUUAGAUUUGAAAUUUUAAGUUAAUAUUUACGACCUGCGUUUUAAAUGUGUCUUUAUUUAAUUUGUAUACAUAUUUAAUUUGUAUUAAUAAUUAAUUAAAAAAUACAUUUUGUAUAAUCAGCAGAAAAUCUCAGAAAGCUAGAAAAGGGCAGUUAAAAUAAUUAUUUUUAUUUUUAUACAUUAAUGCAUGUGAAUAACAUUUUACAUGUUGUGUACAUCAAAUUUAUUUAUAAACAAUUUAAACAAAUAUUA